AUGUAUUCUAAAAGUUAUGGUGGACGGAAGUGGGCUUUGCUUGAUAUCUCUUUGGCCUUCAUUUACCCCACUCCAUGUAUUGCCACUGGCCUUACAAGAAUCUUAGAUAGUACAACUGAGAAAAACGAGGUGGGACGCUCUUUCGUUACUUGGGUUGAACAUGUUGAAGUGGACAAUCAUGGUGUUCAUCAUCUGUACAAGGACAUUGUUAGCUCCUGUCAAGGGUUUGGAGCCACAAGAUGGAUUUACAGUCUCGAUAGACAAUGUCAGAGGUUAGCAAGCUCGAUGGAGAUCAAUGCUGCCAUAGGUGUAAUUACAAAUCAAAAAGGAAAAGCUGGUAUGUUGAAGCUGGCUGAAAGAAUGGUUUCUAUGUAUUUCAACGGGGUUAGUGCUUCGAAUAACACUGGCUGGGCGAAACUACUCGGAUCUGGAAUUGAUGAUGUCAAAAUAGCGACAAGGUCUAAUGUGGAUGAACCAGGCAGACCAUUAGGCGUUUUACUGUGUGCUACACAUUGCUUAUGGCUUCCUAUUGAAUCAAGAAAGCUCUUCGAUUUCUUUCGUGAUGAGAACAAUCGAAAUAACUGGGAUGUUCUUUGCAAAACUGGAUUUGUUCAGAAAAUUGCUCACAUUGAGAAUGGGAGGGACAGUGAGAACUCUGUCUAUCUUCUUCGAGUGAAUGCUGGUGAUGGAAGCUUGAGCAACACAGUGAUUUUACAGGAAAAUAGCAUAGAUGCAACUGGUUCCUUUGUUGUUUAUGCUCCUAUGGACACCACUAAAGCUUAUAAUAUUCUUGAUGGCGGGGAUCCUCAGUUCACAGCCUUUCUUCCAUCUGGUUUCGCCAUCUUUCCCAAUGGACCAAACAGAUCACUUCUAACUAUUUCUUUUCAGAUUCAGCUCCAUAAAAUUCCUACUGCAAAAUUUUCUGAUGAUUCAAUUGAUGAAAUCAAGAAUUUAAUUGCCGACUCCCUGGAGAACAUCAAGACUGCUGUGAUGGAAGAAGUUGGCCAGUCCUCGGGAGAUUAA